UAAAGGCAAAAAGCAAACGCCAGUGACUUUAGUAGGAAGUAUUCUUACACAAUUCACACUACAAAUGCAAUAUCGUCCUCGUUCUUUGAAUUUCUUAACAAGCUUAAUCAAUGGCGGAUCGAGCUAUCAAAUCAUCCAGAGAUGGAGUUUUAACCUACCUUUACCUUCUCAUUUACAUCGCCCUUUCUAGUGGUCAGAUCUUCUUUAACAAGUGGGUUUUGUCAUCAAAGGAAAUCAAUUUCCCGUACCCUCUUGGAUUGACUCUUCUUCACAUGGUCUUCUCCUCCGUUUUGUGUUUUGUGCUCACAAAGGUUCUAAAGAUCCUGAAAGUGGACGAAGGGAUGACCUUGGAAAUAUAUACCACAUCAGUCAUUCCAAUUGGUGCAAUGUUUGCAAUGACCCUUUGGUUGGGAAAUACAGCAUACCUGUAUAUUUCUGUUGCUUUCGCACAAAUGUUGAAGGCCAUUAUGCCAGUAGCUGUUUUCGUCCUUGGAGUGGCUGCUGGGCUUGAAGUCAUGAGUUGCAGAAUGCUUUUUAUAAUGUCAGUCAUAAGUCUUGGGGUUGUUAUUGCUUCAUAUGGUGAAAUAAGUAUCAGUUGGAUUGGUGUUGUUUACCAAAUGGGUGGUGUUGUUGGAGAGGCUCUGAGGCUCAUUUUUAUGGAGAUUUUUGUUAAAAGAAAGGGUCUAAAGCUGAAUCCCAUAUCUUUCAUGUACUAUGUCAGUCCAUGCAGUGCUGUUUGCUUAUUCAUUCCAUGGAUAUUCCUGGAGAAGCCAAAGAUGGAUGCCAGUGGAAUGUGGAAUUUUCCACCUCUAGUGCUCAUACUCAACUGUCUUUGUACUUUUGCCCUCAAUCUCUCAGUUUUUCUUGUCAUUUCGCAUACAAGUGCACUCACCAUCCGAGUUGCUGGGGUUGUCAAGGAUUGGGUUGUUGUGCUAGUAUCUGCCUUGCUUUUUGCUGAUACACAAUUGACUGUGAUCAAUUUGCUUGGUUAUGGAAUUGCCAUUUCUGGUGUAGUGGCUUAUAACAAUCAUAAGUUGAAAAAAGAAGCCUCUCCAGGAAGUUCAAAAGAUUUGCAACCCGAGGAAUCAAUACCAAUGGUACAGCUUUGGAAUAUACAAGUGCCAACAAGAAGUUUCGUGGUUGUCUGAAGAACAGUUCAUACUUCGAUUUAUUAACGGUUAACUGAAUGAUGUCUUGUAACAUACAUGGCAACAAUGAACUUGCGGUGACGAAGACACUUGAAGUUUCAAGCAAUGUACACCGCAAGAAGACUUCGACAUGAUUACUUGUUUAGAUUGUUGCAUGUCAUUCGGUUUCAAACGUCAUGAUUUGGUCAUGGAACUGUGAUAAUGUUUUGGGAUUAUUCCUUAAUAUCCACAACAUGUAUUAUCGUCAUUGAAAAUCGAAAACGAUUUUGUAUAUUUCACUCGAUUAUGUUAUAUGAAAAUCAAAGCAGUUUAUAAAACGAGGCGAUUAAGGCUCUUAAUCUUUGAUUUCCUGCAAGAUGGAAGAGGUUAAAAGCGUUCUUG